AGUUCCACAAACAGAAAGCUGUUGCUGCUAGACAGAGAUUUAGGGUCAUGGAGGGAGGCUCUUAGGAAGUUGCUUGCUUGCCUUUGGCUGGUGGCCCUUGUGCCUGUUAGGGUGUGUGUGUGUGUGUGUGUGUGUGUGACACAGGCUAAUACAAUGAAGACCCACCAUGAAGUGGUUCCACAGAUCCUGGAAUAUAAACUAGAGUACUCUCCAGAUCUGCGGUGUGAGAAGCAAACAGACUUGGUGCCUGUUUGCUAUCGCUGCAAAUCCUGCAUCUUGUCCUGGAAGGCUCUCUUCACCAAAGAGUGGUUUGUGCGGGCCAGCCAUAUUUCUAAGGUGCAAUUCUUGAAGGGGAUCAUAAAGCGGUUCCAAAGCCAAGACCUCUUGAAGUAUGCCUGGAACCUCCUGAAGUGCACCAAUAGCAAGGAUUUCACCUACAGCCGUUCCUGCAUCAGCUCUAGCUUCGCAGCAUCUUCCACCUUGGACCGGGCACUUAAUCCAAAGAAACUGGAGCAUGCAAUGGAAGACCUCUGGAAGUGGUUCUUAAGUGCCAGUUUCUGGAGCAAAGCAAACUACCUCUUGCUUCUGCUGCAGAUGUGUGACUCACAGUUGUUGCUGAUGGCUGCCAACCUGAUUAGCAUCCUCUUGAGCCAAGAUGAGGCCACUUGCGAAUUGGCGGACAACAAAACAGCUGUGCCAGAUGAAGAUCAAGCAAGCAAGGAUGUGAUUCCUCUUAAGAAGCAAGAGAAAUCUAUCUCCCAGGUUCGGAGCCACCUCACAUCUCACACCUCUGGUUUUACCUCAGGGGUUGCUUCAGACAAGAGUGACUUACUUGGUCGUCUACGUUUGCAAAGGUUUUGGAGCAAAGAGUCAGAUCAGAUUUCUGAAGUGAUUUCAGAGUACACGGAUGAAGCCGUCAGCAGUUCUGUCAUAGUGAAUGUCACAGAGCCUGUACCCACCCAUCCCACAAAGCCCUUCAAAAUCAACAAGUUCAAAGACUUCAUUCGCUGUCUGCCCAUCCACUUGUCCAAGUUCAUAUUGCGAAUGCUGGACAUGAAAUCCUUGAACAGAUGUGCCCACGUGAGUGCACACUGGGACUUCCUGGUCAAACUAAUCAAGAAGGAUAUGAUAUCAAAUCGUGCGCUCCAAAGUGAGAUUACAUUCCUGCAGGGGUCAUGCCCUAAAGGAGCAAUUUCCAACUAUGCCCAAAUAGUCAAUGUUACCAUUCCUCGCAUAAACUCUGAAGGUGACAUCAUCCGAAGCAAGGCCAAGCCAAUCACAACUGUAAAGGAGAAUGAAUACCUGCGCAAAGCUUAUCAUGGACAAGAGGUAGACACUGUCAAGUUGGAAGAACGGAAUGUCUUCUGCAGUGGGUAUAAUGUCCGGAUUCUAAUAGACAGUUUGGAUCCAAACAGAGUGAUUCACUAUGGUGGUGGGAAGCUGAUGGCCGUUGGUUCUGUGGACCGGAAAGUCCGUUUGAUGGAUGUGAAUGAGAUGCACUAUGUCCCACCUGUCUUUCUGGGACAUGCUGGUAGCAUCCGGGCUGUGUACCUCAAUGAACAGAAAGGUUUGCUUCUGAGUGGCAGCUACGAUCUCAGCAUCAGAAUGUGGAAUAUCCUCACUGGGGUGUGUGUGAAAAUUUUCAACGGUCACACGGGAAGCAUCACUUGCUUGGAUUUGUGUAAGAGCAAGUUUGUGUCUGGAUCUAAAGACUGCACAGCAAAACUGUGGGAUAUAGAAACUGGAAAGUGCAUUAAGACUUUCGUGCACAAAGCUAUUGUUUGGGCUGCUAAGAUGAACGACACAUAUGUCGUGAGUGCCUGCGAUAAGGGCAUAGUGAAAGUGUGGCAUGCUGAGACAUGUCUACUGAUAAAGACUUUACAAGGGCAUCUGGGCCCUGUGACGUGCCUGUCGUUUGAUGAGUGGCAUCUUGUGACAGGAAGCAAUGACGGCUAUAUCCUGGGAUGGAGCAUGAUGGGAAAUCACAAGAGAUGCCUGGGGGCUUUCAGACACCCCAUGGAGGUUCUGUCCCUGGGAUUUAUCUAUCUCAGAGUCAUCAGUGGCUGUGCGGAUGGGAAGAUACGCAUAUUCAACUUCCUGACUGGGACCUGCCUGAGAGUUUUGAGAGCCAAUAGCAGAGGUGACCCCGUGGUGUCCUUCUGUAUAGUAGAAAACAAGCUACUGGUCAAUGCACUGGGCAGUGUGGUUUUGUUCCAGUUUGAGGAAGUAGUUUGGGACCACACAGUAGGUUCUGAACAACAGGCUAAAAGGAAAGAAAAGAGCAAAUUUGACGACAAAACAUCGCAAAUAUUGCCAUCCCAUUUACUUUCUGGGAGGAAGAAACGGUCCCACAAGAAUAAAUGGAAGCUUUACAACACCAAAACUGUAAUUUCCUAUGACAUUAUUCGGAAGUCGACGAAAUACUUCAGAGAUGCUACUCCAGCUCUUCGAUAUCAAAUUUUGAAGGAGCCUCCUCCCAGGAUGCGCCAAAAUGUGGUAACCCUGGAAAUGAAGCCAGACGAGCAAACUAAACUCUUUUCUAUUGCUGAGCGUUCAAAAUCUGUAACAACUCUAGUAGGAGAUGAGUUAGAAGAAAAGCCCUUAGCCAGCAACUUUCCAUUGGACCAGGAUGAUGAUGCUUUCAUAAAGCACAUAAAGAAGAAGCGUUUCCAUGGUCCCCUGUCUGGUGACCAGAUACUUCUCACUGUUAGCACAAUGCAGCAUGCCUACCAGACAGACCAGGUCAGUGCCAACAUGGCAUACAAUAUGAAAAUCAAAGAUGCCUGGGGGCCUGCCUUUCUCAAGAAAGAUUCGCCCAAAAAGACCCCUGCUGCCCAAAGUCCAGAGCAACUGAAAAUGGAUCCAUCCACCCAGCUGAAACGACUGAAGGCUGCCCGUUGCAUGCUCGGCAUGGAAAGGAUUUCCAUACCUUAUGAAACCAAAACGCUGCAGAUCAGCGUAAAGAACUCCUUGCUUGGAAGCAAGGUGAAAUCCUUCAUUCCAGCCCCCACUAUUACACGUUCCAAAUCGUGCAGCACCUUGGCCAGAGGGGAAAAUAUUUCACGCCAGGCAAAGAUGCCAUCUCCACCUACCAUAGGGCAUGUCGUUGGUCACUUUACAACCUCAGUCGAAUCCAUCAAAGUGCCCCGAAUGAAGAUUGCCCAACCUGAUAGAGACAAGAUACCACGGCGACCAAAACUCUUCUUCACCCACACCCCAAACCCAUACCGGCUCAAUUCUGGGUUCCGGCUUUUGACAACCCAACAGAUGAAAGAGUAUGAAGAAGCUAAGGCGCAUGAGUAUCAGGCACAGAAGACCAAGGUUAUAGCAAACAGAGAAAAAGAGUGUAAAAAUGCCUGGCUAAAGAAAAUUAAAGGUCUUCCCAUCGAUGAUUUCAACAAGGAGGGCAAAGUUGCAGCUCCUGAACUUGGAGAGAAUGUUUUCAUCUGAGCUUCGCUUUUCAAAGCAGCCUGCUAGUCCUUCUAAACAACUGACUACAAACCAAACAGCUGGCACUGGAGAGCUUUGGGCUAAAUUUUUUCUCCCAGCUUGAAGCUACCUUUCAGAAAAUGCUAACAAACUAUUGAAUUAUCCAGAUUUUCACAUAGCUGAGAAGGUGGGACUCAGGGCUGCACUGGGGGGGGGGGGGUAUGA